AUGGGUUUGCAGGGUAAACAUGGACCUAUCAGUGAUCAUUGGAGCAGCGAGUUGAAGCGUUUGAUUGAGUCGUUGCUGGAUUUGAACGAGAACAAACGUCCUCUGCUCAAAGAACUGUUGACGUGUCCGUUGAUUUUGCCGGUUUGUAUGUCGAUCCAUCUGGAUUUGGGACAGUUGCCGUGCGCACCAUCCAGGAAAGGUCGUCGUGCCAUCGGAAUGUCCAAUAGUAAAGUGCUAAGAACUCAACCAGUCCGUGCAAAACAACAAGCGCAACUA